UGACGCUUUCCUCGUAAUGGUUCUGGCUUGAGAGUUUAUCCAAAGCCACCGUUUAUUCUGAAUUUCGUUUGAAACUAUAUCCAAUUGUUCUACCCUUAAGAGUCAAUUGAGAUCAGAUUGAAAAGUCAUAGCCCCAAGCUCUAGGUAAAACUCCAAUCCAACAGGCUUAACCCAAUUCCACGCCCCUUGAACCUGUUAUCUCCACACCCAUUUAUAUUAUCCUCAACCCUGAGACUAAUUGGGCCAACUCAUCUAUACCGAGAUUUAUACCCAAUUAUCAGCUCCUCCAGCUCAUUAUACCCCCUUGAGUAUACUCUUUCAACCGCAAUCACGCCUACAUGCUCGAAUCAGUUGCCGCAACCUUGCUCAACCGGUUUAUCGGCGCAUACGUCGAAAACUUUGACCCGAAACAGCUAAACAUUGGGAUUUGGAGCGGGGACGUAAAGUUGCGCAAUCUCCGCUUAAAGAAAGAAUCACUUGACCGGUUCCAGUUGCCCGUGAAUGUGACAUUCGGCCACAUCGGAGAGCUCACCCUUCAGAUCCCGUGGUCCAACCUCAAGUCGAAACCUGUCAAGAUCACCAUCGAAGACGUGUAUCUCUUGGCAUCGCCCAGCGUGGAAGAGACAUACGACCCAGAGGAGGCACUGCGCCGCGAGAACCUCGUGAAGCAAGACAAGCUUCGCGCGUUGGAGCUUGCAGAAACUGCUAAACCCAACUCAGACGCGCAGACUGAGAGUUUCACCGAGGGCUUGGUGACAAAGAUCGUCGAUAACGUUCAGAUCACUAUUAAGAACAUUCAUUUGCGCUACGAGGACAAGCACACGUUUACGGAAACGCCCUACGCCGUCGGGGUCACCCUCAACGAGCUUUCAGUAUUGCUGACCGACACCACGUGGGUGCCGAGCUUCAUCCUGAUCACCCAGCAGCUUACGCACAAACUAAUGAUCUUGAAAGCACUCAGCUGCUACUGGAGCACGGACAUGUCAUCCAUCCACACGGACGAUCCCGAGGAGCUUCUCCGCACUUUCCAGGCGCUUGUGGAGCGCCAGAACGCCAGCGACGUGUCGCAGACGCAGUUCAUCCUCCGCCCGGUGCUGGGUACAGGGCGCUUGACGAUCAACAAGGCUGGAACUACCGAAAAACACCCCCACAUCAAGGCCGAACUCUUCUUUGAUGAGUUUGGCAUCGACUUGGACGCGGACCAGUACCGCGAUAUGCUCUGGACGAUGUCAAAAUACAACUGGUACGCAAAAACGCUCAAGUUCCGCCAGUUCCGGCCGACCCUUGCGGUGGGCGACGCCCCGCGCGAGUGGUUUCGGUACGCGGCCAAGGCCGUAUUGCACGAGAUCCAUGAGAAAAACUACAAGUGGAGCUGGGAAUUCUUCCAGGCGCGCCGUGACCAGCGCAUACAGUACAUUGCGGUGUGGAAGUUGAAGCUCGCGACGGACCGGGACCCCAACUAUGCGUUGUCCGAAGAGAAGACGGCGGAGCUCGUGGCGUUAGAGAGCCUGCUCGCAUACGAGGACAUUAAGUUCUACCGGUCAUUGGCGAGGAGUCAGUUCCGCAAGGACGCAAAGGUGGAUCUCCUGGGGACCGUUUCGUCUGCUUCAUCCGCCUCUACGCAGACCCAGGGCUCUGGUUGGUUUUCUUGGUGGAGCAAACCCGAGACCAGCUCGGACCCUGAUUCAUUGCACAUCACCGAGGAGCAGAGACAGGAGUUGUACGACGCCAUCGACUACGACCAGGAAGCAAUCAUCGAGGCGGUUAGUAUCCCGCGUGAGCGCGUCAAGGUUGAGCUUUUGGCCACGUUGAAGAAGGGAGGGAUCCUAAUUCGGCGGAAAAGGUUCGAGCCUAGCUUGGCUGAGGUGGUGUUUGAGGGAUGCACCACCCAGCUUUACCAGCGUCCAGACUCGUUCCUUGCUAAAUUCCAGUUGCAGGAGUUCCGGGUGGAGGACGGCACGGAAACCACGAUGUACAAACACAUUGUGAGCGUGAAGCCGAUCCACACUCACGGUGACACCAAUGACCCCCAGGACCCCUCGCCAUUCUUCAAGGUGUCGUUCGAAAACAACCCGCUCGACGGGCUCUCUGACUCGGUGGUGCUCGCCAAGCUCCGCAGCAUGACUGUAUUCUACAACCCGGUGUUUGUGGAGGCGGUGGUGCGGUUCUUUACGCCGCCACGGAUCCACAUGGACACCAUCGGGAUGAUCAUGAACGCGGCCGAGCUGACGGUCGAGGGUCUCACGCAGCAGACACGGAUCGGGUUAGAGUACGCGUUGGACGGCCACAAGACGCUCGAUGCGAAGCUUGACCUUCAGGCGCCGUUGAUCAUCCUUCCACUCGAGCCCACGAGCUGGCAGUCACCCGUGGCCGUACUCGACGCGGGCCACAUCAGUGUGAUCAGCGACUUGGUCGAGCGGGCCAAGAUCGAUGACAUCAAGGCCAAGGAUGCGGGAGCGUACACCGCGGCUGACUGGACCCAGUUGAACGAACUCAUGUAUGACAAGUUCAACUUGCACCUCCAGGACGCACAGUUCCUUAUUGGACCAAACAUCAAGGACACCAUCGACCAGUUACACGCGGAAUCGGGCGUGAAACCGGCGCUAAUCAUGGACCGGCUUAACUUGAAGUUGUUGCUCGAGGUGUCGAUCCUUCCGGAGGCAUACACGUUGGCAAAAGUGCGUGUUGGUGGCGAAAUUCCACGGUUCAAGGUGAGUUUGAGUGACUUCCAGUACAAGACGUUGAUGCAGAUUAUUGAUAAGUGUGUGCCGACGUUUGAGGAGGAAGAUCUCCCCGUCGAGAACAUUUUUACCACGUUCGGGGGACAAACGGCGUAUCCGAUCGAGCUGAGCGAUAGUGAAGGGAGUACUAGCGACAGUGAGGAGAGCGCUAGCAACCGCGGUGCGCACGAUCGCCAGGUGAGUAACCGCACGGCGCACGACAACGACGCCUCUCACGCACAACACCUCUUUGAAUUCAACUUUAAAGUCGAAUCCGUCUGCGUGUCUAUGCUCCAAACCACCCCCACCGGCACCGUUCCCCUUGUCGAUAUCGUCGGGGACCACUUCCUGCUCGCGUUCGUCAAGACUGCACAGGCCAUGACCGCAAAGGUGACGCUCACCGACAUCAACGUGCUUGACCACGUAGGGGGUGUGGGCGAGUUCAAGCAGCUUCUCUCGUCGAACAGCUUUGCCACCGAUCGCAAGCAGAACAUCUUCACACUCGACUAUGAGCGUGCACAGCGCAUGGUGGAAUUCAAGGGCCGCGAGAUUGAGGUGUGGGACCAGGAUAUUGCGAUGAACAUUGCCACUGUCAGGCUUGUGGUGACGCGGACCUCCGUUUUGACCGUUAUUAACUACUGCUUGGACACUUUCACAGACCCAAAUCCGCCACCGGAACCGGCGGACGCGCUCCGCCACAACAGCGCAGACGUGGAGACAUCACCGCAGAAAAUUGUGCUCAACAUGGCCCUCGAGAGCAUUAUUGUGGUGUUGAACGACGACGGUUUGAAGCUCGCGACGCUCCAGUUGUCGCGAGCGGACGUGCGCGUUUUCAUGGUACCGGAAUCAAUGAAGGUGUACGCCAAACUUGGCGCGUUGACGGUGCACGACGAGCUCAACACCGGCUCACCGCGCGAUUCACUCCUCCGCGAGCUCAUCAGCAUCGACGGCAGCGAUCUUGCGGAACUCACGUACGAGACGCUCGACCCCGAGACGAACCCGCACGCGCACACGUCCACCCUUGUGUUCGAGGCCGGCUCGCUCCGCGUGAACUUUGUUGAGGAGCCGCUCUCCGCCAUAUACCGCUACAUGGCGCAGUUCCAGAAGAUGAAGGAGCUCUACGACGGUGCACGCGCAGCCGCGUUGAACCUCCCGCUCAAGCCCGAAGAGAAGAUGUUGAUGGAUGUGCGUGUCCGCACGCCUAUAAUUGUGUUCCCCGUGGCGUCCCUCCAAGGGACCUAUGACGAUCUCACCGUGUAUCUAGGCGAAUUCUAUGCGUCGAACGAGUUUGUGCGUGGGUCGAACGUGAUCACCACCGGGAUCAAAAACACGCGGUUGACAUCGCUCUUCCACUUUGCGCUCGGCCAGCAGGCGCUCCAGGUGAUUGAAAACCUUGAUAUUGCGUUCACGAUUGACAUUGCGGACGAGCAGAGUCUGACGCGCGCGAGCACGAUCAUUUCGGGUAAAAUUCCUGACACGGAGUUGAAGUUGUCCGAGGUCCAACUUGCGUACAUCAUGAGACUUGCGAGGAUCUUGCCGCAGGCGUUUUCCAUUGAUGAACCCCUGGAGAGUGGCGACGUGACGGAGGUGCCUCUUGUGGCUGUGGCCUCUACUCUGAAGGCUGCUCCGGCCCCGCCAUCCCCCGCUCUCGACUUGCCUCAGGACCACGUCAGUAUCGACCUCCGCUUCGCGAUUUCCCGUCUCUCGCUAACGAUUUACCACGAGACCAGAAACGUCUGCUCGGUGGCAGACCUCGGUCUCUCGCGCUUUGCGCUCAACGAUACGGGCGUGGUGUUUGUCCAGCGCGCGAACGGCCACUUCAAGGCGGACCUCCACGUGCGUUCGUUCACCGUUGAGGAUGUACGCUUGUGUGGCGAUAACAAGUUCACCGAGAUCAUCCCGCCGAUCAGUCAUGACACGUACCAGUUCAUGGCCGCGAUCCACACCGAGGGAGCGGCCAUGGCGACUGUCGUUUCAUUGUCCAUUGACAGCCCCAAGGUGAUUGUCGCGCUCGACUACAUAUUUGCGUUGAAGGCGUUCGCGGAUGCUGCGUUCGGCGAAGACGAGUGGAAAAUUGAGGACGAAACCAAAGACGUUGCGAAAACCACUCCAGCAGCAUCGGCUCCGGUCUACUUUACCGUCAAUGUUGUGGACGCGUUUGUGGUGUUGUUGGCAGACCCCAGCACCGCUCGCUCCGAGGCCAUCGUGUUCAAGCUCGAGAAGUUGCUUGUCUCGUCUCAGCACGUCACCUCCGUCGUGGCAAAGAACGUGGGCAUGUUCUUGUGCCACAUGGACAGGUUUGAGGAGCGGCUCCGGCUCAUCGACGACUUCGGCGCCAACCUCACCAUCGACGCUCGUGGUUCAUCGUCCACGAGCCUCCUCCAAACGGUCACCGCCGCGGUUGAGCCCGUGGUGAUGCGCUUAUCGCUCCGUGACAUCCGGCUAGCGUUGAAGGUCUUCCAGCGUGCCACUGAGCUCUACGAGCAGCUGGUCGGCCAGCCUAUGGAAGAGCCGGAAGAAGAGAUCUACACCACGUUCACUAAGGAAUUUCGCAAGAAGCUCUCGAAAUACGCGCCAACGAUCGUGUCACACCUUUCGCACGCACUGGUAUCUGGGGAGACUACGGUGAUUGUGCGCGGGGAAGAGCUCCUGGCAAGCUUUGCAGGCCUUCGUUUGGUUGUGAUUGGUGACGUACACGAGUUGCCGGUGCUCGAUAUGAACGUCAAGCCGUUCGACGUGGCCGUACGCAAUUGGUCAACCAACUUGCAGGCCGACACGAAGGUAGUGUCGUACGUGAACAUCUACAACUACGCACGCUCGUGCUGGGAGCCGUUGGUAGAGCCGUGGCCCCUCACGGUGCACGCUGCGCGUGAGCGUGGCACGCUCGCGGUGGACCUCGUGUCGCGCGAGUUGGUGGAAAUGUCGAUGACUUCGCGGUCGAUUGCAUUACUCGCGCAGAUCCAGGCGCUUAUCGCGCAGGAUGUUGAGUUGAAGCCACGUGGCGAGGACAUGCCGUACGAGAUCCUCAACCAGACCGGGUACGACGUGAAGGUAUGGGUGGAUGGAGCCACCACCCAGACAUUAAUCCGCGACGGGGAGGAGAUUCCGUGGCAGUUUGAGGACUGGGAGAAGGUCCGGGAGAACUUGAGCGUGGACACCCAUGACGUGCUCGCGGUUCAGUUGGUCGGGUCCAUGUACGCCCCAGUAUCCGGGAUCUCGGUCGUGGGUGAGGGCGAGGAGCUCUUUGUGUUGAGUCCACCUGUGGAUGGGGUGCACGACCGGCUUGCCUGCGAGGUGAUUUUGGGGCCGGAUAAGGUGAAGAGUGUGGUGUUACGGUCGACUAUCACCGUCAGGAAUGAUACCAAUGUGGCGCUUAUCAUCGGGAUGGGAUUGGAAAAGGCCACGGCGGGAGAACUGGCCGGCUUGCGCGCGCUUCGGGAGUUCACCAUCCAGCCUGGUGCCUUCCGCGCGGUCCCAAUUGACUCCGCGUACCGCGAGCCGAUUGCGGUUCGUCCAUCCAUCGAUUCCUUUCACUGGUCGGAAAACCGCAUCUUCUGGGAGCACCUCCUUGCGGGUCCGGUGUCGUUGAAGUGCCCUAGUGCGCGUACGGAUGACCGCACGUGUUUCUAUUUCCAGUCAUCCGCGCAGUACGACGAGGUCGAGCCCUUGGCGAGGCUCUACCCGCACAUGACGGUGGUGAUCUCGGCGCCGCUCGAGAUUGAAAACCUUUUGCCGUUCGACCUAGCGUACCGCUUAUACGACAAGAACUCCAAGAAGGACUGGAAAAAUACGCUCACAAAGGGAACCAGCAGCCACGUGCACGUGGUACGAUUGGAGCACUUCUUGUUGCUCAGCGUGCGGCCGUUGGGUAGUGGGUAUGACAACUCGGAGUUUGCAAUUGUCAACUCACCCGCGGGGAGCGAGUUCCGCCCGGAGCGCGUGUUAACCGUGAGGCACGAGAGCGGCCAGAAGGUACACUUACGGAUUCAUUACGCAAAGAAGGUGCGCGGAACAGGGAUGAAGCUUGUGGUGUAUUCGCCGUACGUCGUGCUUAACCGUACGGGUGAAAAUUUGGUGUUGGCGGAGAGGGCAAAUCAGAUGAUAUCAAAGGUCGAGCCGGGGCUGAGGGUAACGGAGAGGAGUUCAGAGAGGAGUUUGGAGCUAGGAGCUGUAUCCGACCCAAAGACUGGAGAUAAACACGAGACAGAAGCCUAUGGUUCCGGUGUCCAGUUUGUGGCUGCACCUACGCUCUUUUCCUUUGAUCAAGCUGAAAGGAAGUGCCGCGCGACUCUCCGUUUCGAUGAUUCAGUGUGGAGCGGGCCUAUCUCCCUUGAUGCUAUUGGCCAGGCCACCUCGGUAACUAUCCCGCUCGUCAACAAGCUCGCCGAGCGCAACGUGGGUAUCACUGUCGUGGAGGGCGAGGGAAAGUACCAGCUCUCCAAAGUGGUCACCAUCGCACCGCGCUACGUCUUUAAGAACAACACCGGCAGCACGGUCCGACUUUUGGAAACGGGUCAGUCCAAGCCCGUGGAGGUGCUAGACGCCGCGGUACUUCCACUCUACCGUCUUCGCCGAACUAGUGACAAGAGCUUGAUGAUGAGCUUCACGGGGGCGGAGGCACAGUGGUCAGCGCCAUUUGGCAUUAACGACGUUGGCCAGAUCUUCCUCAAGGUGUUGCGUCCCGGUUCCGGACAUGUGCUCUUGAAGAUCAGCGUGCUCCUUGAGGACGCAACGUUGUUUGUGCAGGUGGACGAUGCGGGCAGUCGCUGGCCGUUCUCGGUGCGUAACUUCUCCAACACCGAGUUUAUCUUCUUCCAGAGCAACCCGAAUAUCGACGAGAACGACGAGGUUGUGCGCAGGGAUUAUCCGUUCAAACCGAUAUACUACAAGAUCCCGCCAAAGAGCGUGAUGCCGUACGCGUGGGACUAUCCCGCGGGAGUGGUGAAGGAGUUGGUCUUGCGGUCGCACGGGAGAGAGCGGCACGUGCUGUUGGUGGAGAUUGGUGCGUCGAAGCCGAUGGUUUUGCCGGCGGUUGGCGAGUUGGAGAGUGCCACAGUGGAUUUGAACGUGGUGGCGGACGGGCCAGUGCAGGCGUUGGUCAUUAGUGAGUACGAUCCAGAGCAGAGUAUGUUUAAGGCCCGCGGAGGAGACGAACCGGGCGAAGCCCGAAGAGCGUCAGGGGAAUCUCAGAGGACCUCCGAGACCGGCGAAGCCUCUUACGAAGCGGUCGAAAAAGACGAACGCUACUUCACCAAGUGCAUUGUCCGCCUCGAGGGUCUCGGGAUCUCACUUAUGAACACCAAACUCCAGGAGCUCUGCUACGUAACCUUCCGUGGGCUUGAGCUUCGCUACAACGAGCUGGAGCUCUACCAGACCCUCAGCAUGAAACUCAAGUGGAUUCAGGUGGACAACCAGUUGUACGGCGGGGUAUACCCGAUCGUGGUUUAUCCACUGGUUCUCCCGAACUCUGUCAAGGAGAUGAACAACCACCCCACCUUGUCGUGGUCUAUUUCGCGUGUGAAGGACGACUCGCACGGGGUCGUGUACAUCAAGUACGCGACAAUCCUUCUCCAGGAGAUGACGGUUGAACUCGAUGAGGACUUCCUCUUUGCGUUGAUUGACUUUGCAAAGCUUCCAGGCAUCUCUGAGGCGCCGCGCGACCACCUCUGUGAUUCGCGCGUGGCGAUCCCGCUCCCCCAGCCAGUGGAUCUUGACAGUGACUUGUACUUCGAGGGCCUCCACCUCCAGCCAACACAGUUGAACCUUUCGUUCGUGCGCACGGAACGAAUGAAUGCGGAUGACCGUGCGGACUCUGGCAACGCGCUCAUGUUCUUCUUCAAUAUGUUGACCAUGGCGAUCGGCAACAUCAACGACGCGCCUAUCAAGCUCAACGCGUUGUUACUCACGAAUGUGCGCGUACCGCUUCCAUUGCUCGUGCACUCGGUGCUGACCCACUAUGGCCAGGACUUUAUCUACCAGAUCCACAAGGUGCUAGGGUCUGCAGACUUCCUCGGUAACCCUGUGGGCCUCUUCAACAACCUCUCCUCCGGGGUGCUCGACAUCUUCUACGAGCCGUACCAGGGACUUAUCAUGAACGACCGCCCGCAGGAACUCGGUAUAGGGCUCGCAAAGGGGGGGCUCAGCUUCAUGAAGAAGUCGGUGUUUGGGUUUUCCGACAGUUUUGCGAAAGUAUCGGGCUCCGUUGCGAAGGGCUUGACGGUGGCCACGUUGGACCGAACCUUCCAGGAGCAGCGGCGCUUGAACCAGCGGAGGAACAAGCCGAAACACGCGUUGAGCGGAUUCACUUAUGGCGCUACGUCGCUUUUUGAUGGGCUUGCCAGCGGGAUCACCGGCAUCGCACUGGCGCCGAUCGAAGGGGCGACCAAAGAAGGCGCCUUUGGAUUCUUGAAAGGCAUUGGAAAGGGCAUCGUGGGGCUUCCGACCAAGACUGCCAUCGGCUUCUUUGACAUGGCAUCGAACGUGUCGGAGGGCAUCAGAAACACCACGACCGUGUUUGACGACGAGGGGUUGGACAGGGUGAGAUUACCAAGACAUGUGGGUCAUGACGGGAUUGUCCGUCCGUACUCGCCACGGGAGGCCCAGGGCCAGUACUGGCUCAAGACUUGUAACGGCGGCGAGUUCUUUGGUGACGAGUACCUCGCGCACAUUGUGCUUGCGGGCGAGCAGUUGGCUGUACUCGUGACGUUCACUCACAUCUUGCUUGUGCUGGUGGGGACGCUAGAUACCCGCUGGGUCAUUACGUAUGACAAGAUCAAGUCAAUUUCGCUUGAGACCACGGGGGUUAAGGUGGGCUUGAAGGGGAACAAAGCAGGACCGUUCAUCCCGCUUGCGGAUGCCGCCAGUCGGAAAUUUUUGUAUACCAAGAUUGGCGUGGCGGUACGGGAGUAUAACAAGAAGUGUGACGUGGUGGUGUAAUGCGAAGCAUGAGCUACCGCAUGUUCAUAGGUAUACAUUCGAAUCUAGAAAGGU